AUGAGAAUUUUAAUAGAAAAGGCCAUGGAUACUGCAAGUACAUGGCCUUGUGUUGUGAUUUUUUACGAAGAACAUAAUCACACAAUAGAUAGCGGAGCAGCCUUGUUAAAAAGCCCUAUAGAUAGCGAAACAAAAAAAUAUAUUUUCGAGCUAUUUGAGAAGAGACAUACUACUGCAACUGCCUAUCACCCAUUCACUAGUAUUAAGAUGGAAGAAAUGGGCGACAAGUACGAAGAAAUGAUUUUAGACAGGCACUUUUUUCCAACUAAAACCGAUUUUUCAAAUUUAUGGACGGCACAUUUCAAAAACAACUAUGGAGAACGAAUUGGAAAAGGCAUGCUCUUAGCUUUAGAAAAUAACUUACAAAAAAAUAAAAGCACUCUUUCUAAAAUUAUUCGUGUUGGUGAUAAUUAUACGAUCUGUUUAUGCACACCAAUUAUGCAACGAGCUGCUCACUACCUUACACAGGCAACAGAAAUUUUAUUUGUUGAUGCAUCAGGAAACUGCGACGUGCAAAACCACAAGAUUUACUUUUUUGCAACGCAGUCUCCAGUAGGAGACAUUCGAGUUGGGUGUAUCAUUUCUAUGAUUAAUGCUGAUGCUAAAAUAAAUUAUAAAGAAGGAAAUAUACUGACCUCAAAAGAGGAUCAGCUGCAUAGAUGGACAGAAUUUUUUAGUGAGCCUCAACAGGUAACAAAUGAUAUUGAUGAGGUACGACGAUUGAUGAAGAAGGGCGACUUAUCCCAGUGUAAGAACUGGCGAGGCAUUACCUUACUUAACACCAUUAACAAGAUAAUCGCUACAGUCAUCCAAAAAAGAAUAUCAGAUGCCCUUGAACCGACUUUGAGAAAAGAACAAGCAGGCUUUAGGCCUCAAAGAUCAUGUAUCGACCAAAUUAAUACUCUCAGAAUAAUAAUAGAGCAAUCUCAAGAGUUCAGAUCGCCAUUAUACAUGGUGUUCGUGGAUUUUCAAAGAGCAUUCGAUACUAUAAAACACAUAGCCAUCUGGAAAGCUUUGAGAGAAAAAGGAAUAGGUCAAGUGGGGGAGAAAAUUUCUAUUGCAGUAGGUGUAAAACAGGGGUGUAUACUUUCGCCGCUACUCUUUAACAUCGUUCUGGAUGUAGUACUAAAUAGAGCAUUUAAAGAACCACUAGGGAUACAAUGGGGACUGUUAAGCAGGCUAGAAGACCUGGAUUACGCAGACGAUCUAUGCAUCUUUUCCCAUUCACAUUCGGAUAUGUCUCAAAAACUUCUUAGACUCCAAGAGGAAGCUAAUAAUGUCGGUCUUCAAAUCAACGUGGCGAAAACCAAAGAAAUGAGGUCAAAUACUCCCAACAACCAAGAUCUAUACCUCUCCAACCGAGCCAUCGAAAGAGUUGAUGAAUUUCAGUACCUGGAAAGUAUGGUUCACUGCGAUGGGGGCACAGAGAAAUAUAUAGAGGAAAGGAUUUUGAAGGCACAAAGAGCUUCUGGCAUGCUUACACCUAUAUCGAAAUUAAGAAAAGAAAGUGGGGCUGGAUUGGGCACAUUUUGCGCAGACCCCACAGAGAUAUCGCUAGACAGGCACUUGAAUGGAAUCAACAGGGAAGACGUGCCAGGGGAAGACCAAGGAAUACCUGGAGAAGAACAGUAA